AAUCUCAUCUUCCGCUGCGGUCAUAUAGGAGGAGAUCGGCGUUGCCAGUCGGUUGUUGUCCGCGGUUCGUCGUGAAGCGACGCAGCGACCGCAGUCUGAAGAUCGCCUGAUUCAAUUCGACGCAGUGACCCCAAAGCAGCGUUGAAGGCAAGCAAGCGUAAACCGGCCCUGGACGGGAGUUUGCUGCGCUAGGAUGGGGUUGGCGACCGUACUCGUUUUUGUAGUGGUAGGCUGCGCGGCAGCCGCGCCGCCCUUCCAAGGUCAACCCAAAUGCGGAUAUGAGAGUUGUCCAGCCACAAAACCGGGAAUGCUGAACGUGCACAUUUUGGCGCACACGCAUCUGGACUUGGGGUGGCUGAAGACGGUGGACCAGUACUAUUCUGGAAGUAAAAACUACCUUGCAAACGCCGGUGUCCGUUACAUAUUCGACGGCAUUCUUCCUGAACUGGAGAAAGAUCCCAGUCGCCGCUUUAUAUAUGUCGAGACAGGCUUUUUCGACAUCUGGUGGAGACAUCAAACCGACUCCAUCAAAGAGCGUUUCAACAAACUGGUGCAAUCAGGUCAACUGGAGUUUAUCAGCGGCGGCUGGGUGAUGAACGACGAAGCCGGUGUCCACUACUCGAACACCAUCGACCAAAUGACGUACGGUAUUCGGAGACUCAAGGACCUGUUCGGAGACUGCGGAAUUCCCAGGAUUGGCUGGCAGAUUGACCCGUUCGGACAUUCGCGAGAAUACGCAUCCAUCCUUGCACAGAUUGGAAUGGAUGGCUACUUUUUUGGGCGUCUCGACUACCAAGACAAGACUCUACGCCAAACAGAAAAGCGAAUGGAAUUUAUUUGGAGGGCCAGCGAAAAUCUCGGGAAAAGUGCUGACAUCUUCACUGGCAUUCUUCCGAGCGUCUACAGCCCCCCAAAAGGAUUUUGCUUCGAUGUGCACUGCGACGACGAGCCGAUUGUGGACGACCCCGAGAGCGACGAGUACAACGUUCCUUCGAGACUUGCAGAUUUCAUGGCCUACGUGCGUGAGCAGCAAAACUUCUACAAAACCAACAACAUGCCGGUGACCAUGGGAAACGAUUUCAACUACCAGAGUCCUCCUCACUGGUUCAUCAACCUGGACAAGUUGAUCAAAUACGCAAACCAAAACUCUUCAGCUACCAAUGUGAACCUUCUUUACUCGACGCCCUCGUGCUAUCUCAAGUCGCUGUACGAGGCGAACACGACGUGGUCGGUGAAGCACGACGACUUCUUCCCAUACGCCAGCGAUCCCCACUCCUACUGGACCGGCUACUUCACCAGUCGACCUGCGUUCAAGUAUCUGGAUCGCUACACCAACAAUCUGUUUCAGGCGGAAAAGCAACUGGGUGUUGCGGCUGGACCAAAGGCUGUGGCCGAUAAAGAUCUGGAUGUUCUGAGAAAAGCACUGGCGGUCGGACAGCAUCACGACGCAAUUACUGGUACUGCCAAGCAAGCCGUUGCCAGUAAUUAUGUCAAGCACAUAUCUAUCGGACUUCAAUCAUCCGAGAAAUACUUGAACUCGGCACUGCAGCGAAUCCUUCCUCUUCAGUCUGGCAGCAGCGUUCCGUGGUUCACGUUUUGCCACACACUGAAUAUCAGUUCCUGCUCUGCUACGGAAAAUGCUUCCACUGUCGCCAUGUUACUUUAUAAUCCUCAAGCCAAGCCUGUGACCUCCUACUUGCGCAUUCCUGUCACUUCGGCGUCGCACGCGAUACUUGAUAGAACUGGAUACAAAGUACCUUCUCAGGUCUUUGACAUUCCUCGCGGAGUUACUGAGAUUCCCGGCAGAACGAGCAAAGCUGCGUACGAACUCGUGUUUAGGGCUACCUUGCCACCUGUUGGUUUCGAAACAUUUUUUCUAACCAAUCAAGGACGUGGUGGUUCAGACUCUUACAACCCAAGGCGAGAAAAUACAUGUACAACACCUGGUACAAAAGAAAUGGUUUUAAGCGGGAAAACAGUUUCCGUUACCAUCAACUGCAAAACGGGAUUACUGACGGCCAUGACUUGGAACUCUACAAAGAUCAACGUCCGACAGUCGUUCUACUGGUACGAAGGAAUGAAGGGCAACAACUCCAAGUUCGAGUACAGGGCUUCCGGUGCCUACAUAUUCCGUCCUAAGGGCAAGAGACCCAUCCCCGUCGCCAAGAAAGUUCAGCUGAUAAAUCCUAUGGGUCAAGGAGAUAUGGUACAAGAGGUUAGACAAACAUUUUCGAAUUGGCUCACACAAGUGAUUCGCGUGUACAAAGAAGAGGAUUUUGUUGAGUUUGACUGGGUGGUGGGUCCCAUACCUGUCAAUGACUCCCUUGGAAAAGAAAUUGUGACGAGAUUCGACACAGACCUCAAAAGCGACGGUGACUUUUACACGGAUUCGAACGGCAGAGAGAUCCUUCAAAGAAGGCUGAACUAUAGGCCCACUUGGCCACUUAUAAACUUGGAACCGGUAUCUGGCAACUACUAUCCAGUGAAUAGCAGAAUCUACCUCAAGGACAAGGCACGGAACAUUCAAUUCACCGUUCUCACUGAUAGGUCUCAAGGUGGAAGCAGCUUGGCUGACGGUUCAUUGGAACUAAUGGUUCACAGGCGUCUUCUUCACGAUGACGCCUUUGGCGUCGGCGAAGCGCUAAACGAGACCUACUACAAUGGAACUGGCGUGGUUGUGCGCGGCAAACACCGCGUCUUCCUCAGUCCCGUGGAACAAGCAGCGCAGAUGCAUCGGACCCUCGCCCAAAGCAUGUACAUGGCUCCGGUGCUGUCAUUUGCGCCGGCUAAGCUUCCGGACUACCUGCAAUGCUGCAGGACAACUUACUCGGCACUUGCAGCUCCGCUGCCUCCGAACGUUCACCUCCUAACUUUGGAGCAGUGGAACAACGAGACGGUUCUCCUGCGCUUGGAACAUUUCUACGAAAUUAAGGACAACGCGGGCAACCUCUCCGCGGCCGCCAACUUCAGCUUGCAGGCUGUUUUCAAACAACCCAUUACUGGCAUCACUGAAAUGAACCUAGCAGCCACAGCACCGAAAAAACAAAUAACACGCUUGGAGUUCACGCCUGAUGGAGAAGCCAGAGGGAGUGUCAAGCCAAGCAAUUCUUUGUAUGGCCCCGCCUUCAACGUCUACUUAGCCCCGAUGCAAAUCAGGACGUUCUUGGUCACAUUUUCGCCUUCAUUUAAUUUGGGUUAUGACUAUCUCAAUGCUAAAUGAUCCGAACGGGGAGUACCUUGCGAUAGGACCAACCUGACAAAAAUGAUGGAACCAGUAGGAAAUGGUGAAUAAAGAUAUAUAUUCGGGGGCAUGUAAACGCGUCAUACUCUUUUGCCAUUAAUAUUCGUUUUUUCACUAGUUUUCUGUCGAUUUUAACGGCUAAUACUGUAAUUCUUUGGAGCGAUAACCAGAUACACGGGACUCUCCGCACCCGACGUUUCUUGAGCUAUUUUUAGAUACCCAACACGAAUUAAAAAACCUUGGGAAGCACGCUUUUUUAGAACAAAUUAUGGACACCAAAGUUUAAGAUAUACUUUGCCGACUACCCUUAACCAGCUUAAUAGGCAGGGAAUUGAACUUAAGGGUCUAUCGGUGGGCAUCUUACGGAAAACGUUUAUUUUAAAUUUUUAUUUUGAACCGAACUGUCCGCGAUAAGUCCUAAAAUAUGUUGGAAUGAUGUUUUCUUUCGCGUUUAUUUCAGUAAGACUAACUUUCUGUAUGUGUUUUCACAAUGGUAUGAAUUGCAUCAGUAUGCUACUUAUCUUGUAUGGGGUUGGUUAUCUUUAGUAAUUUGUUUUUCACAUAUGCAGCGCAUAUGUCAUGUUUUAGUUUUGCAUAAUUUAUUUUGGUGCCUGCAUCGCGACUGCUGGUUUAGGUGACUCGAAGCUCGUCAAGCGGUUUUUCACAGCUUUUUUCCCUUGUCAUCUUUUCAACAUUGUUUUUGUCUGAAAAAAUAAAGGACUAUCAUUAUUGA